UUUUAUCAUGGCGUGCCCGUGGCAGGGGGCUAUUGCUCUCUGCCGAACCUUUAUGUUGCCCUUUACAGCAUCUCAAGCCCACCUGUAACUCUGUGACAACUUAAAAAAGUGAUUGGAGACAUUGUUUGCAAUGUUACCGGGCUGAGCGCAUUUUUUCUGAGACGUUUGGUACAUUUCUUUAACUAGAGGGAUUGUCAGAGAAAAGCUCUUGCCAUGUCUCUACUUUGUGUAAGAGUAAAGAAAGCCAAGCUACAUGGAUCACCGGACAAGUUCAAUUCAUAUGUGACGCUGAAGGUACAGAAUGUCAAGAGCACCACCAUCACCGUGCGAGGGGACCAGCCAUGCUGGGAGCAGGACUUCAUGUUUGAGAUAAACCGUCUGGACCUGGGGCUCAUCGUGGAGGUGUGGAACAAAGGCCUUAUCUGGGACACCAUGCUGGGGACUGCCUGGAUCCCCCUCAAGAGCAUCCGCCAGUCAGAGGAGGAGGGCUCAGGGGAGUGGACCUUCCUGGAUGCUGAGGUUCUGAUGAAGGCUGAUGAGAUUUACGGCACCAAAAACCCAACGCCCCACCGGCUUCUGCUGGACACGCGCUUUGAGCUGCCUUUCGACAUCCCAGAUGAUGAGGCACAGUACUGGACCGGCAAGCUGGAUCGCAUCAACACUAUGAGGAUCCAUGAUGAGUACCCUCUGCAGGAUGAGGUCCAGAGACGCCCCAUGCCGCUUGCUGCCUCCCAAUGCUGCAACUAUUUCGGAUGGGCUGACACACUGACCCUGGAUGACCAUGACAGUGCGGUGGACGACCGGGACAGUGACUACCGUAGUGAGACCAGCAACAGCUUGCCCCCACGCUACCACACCACGACCCAGCCCAACUCCUCCAUGCACCAGUACCCCAUGGGCCCCCGGCUCCAGAACCACCUGGACUCCUGCACCGACUCCAUCCGCAGCUUUGACAUGGACUACAGAGACCACCGUGGUAGCAGAGCAAUAAACCAUAAAGGGAGGGUCAGGAUCAUCCCUGUAGAUUCUGGCAUGGGUGUGGAGGAUUGGGAAAGCAAAUACAAAGUGCAGGGGAGAAAUCAGCUGAGCGAGUUCCUGGACAAGGAAGAGAAUUGUUGGGUUGAGGAUGAUGUUAUUCUCCGAAUGGGGAGAGCUCUCACUGAGCCCUCAGGCAGCUCGCUCUGCCAAAGCACACAACGCAGUGGCAUCCUACCUGCCACCUACCCAGUGGGCUAUGACACUAUCGAUCGGCGGCGGAGAAAAAAGAUCCGGGAUCCAGGAGGGCUGGCCUUCUCAGAGGCGGAGAAACUCACAGACGAGCCUUUUCCCCCUGACCUUGCACUCCUCCGCCAGAAGAGAGGGGAGCUAGUGCUGCGGCAGGUGGCAGAGAUCGAGGAAGAGGAGGAGCAGAUGACGCCAUGCCUCAAGCCAUACAAGAAUGGACUUCUUUACAAGACUAGGAUGUGGGCCAAAAACAAGCUGGGGGACACCUUGGAGAACUAUGUGGCGUAUCAGGAGGAGGAAGCUGCCAGAAUGAGAACAGGUUUGGCGUACGAUUCAGAGGAGGAGCUCCAGCACUCCAUGGGAUCAGAGGAGGAGCUCGAGGAAAUUGCCUCCUUAGCGGAGGCCAUUCACUCUGAGAAUGGGAGGGUCCAAGGCAGGUAUGCUUCAUCCCAUGGAGGUCACAUAGACAAGUAUCAGAGUUAUCUGGUUAAGAAGAGUGGAAAGGGGAAAAUGGGAGGAUGGGCUCCUGAAGCAAUGCUGUCUCCAGUGGAGGAACCAAGUGACGAGUAUGUAGAUCCCAUGGAUGAGCUCCAGUGCCUAGUUGAAACAGUAUCAGAGUACCUGGCUGAAAAAGAGGAGGAAAUAAGCAGGUAUGGGUCUCUUCCCAAGUCAUCCAAGUCAAGGUUAUCUUCCCAGGGCAGCAUAAGAACAGAAUCUACUGGAGAGGACCCAAGGACCCCUAUUGAUGUCAAGGAAGAGACCCAGACAGAGGCUCCACCUGAACCAGGAAUAUCUGGAGUGAAACAUGCAAUGAGUUCAUUAUUCAGUUCCUUCACAGACAAGGUUAGUUCAGCACCCAAGCAGCCACACUCUGGUUCUGCAGAAACUAAAGAAGUACCACCUGCACCAUCUUCUCAAUCUGGUAUAUCUAAGCUAUUUUCAUUCAUUCCAAAAUCCACCAGUCCUGCUCGUGUAGCUCUUGUAUCUCCUACAGCUCACCCCAACAGAACAUUUUCCUUCAAUUUGCCUUCCCAGUCUGAUGCCAAGACACAAGUCCAGAAUCAAGAAAUGCCAGCCAUGAGAACAGAGAUGUAUAGUACAAGUGAUGAAGUUCAGGACUCUGCAACAAAGCCACAAACACCAGCAGUCACUUCAGUUGUUGAGAAAAUGAGUUUUGCUAUAAAAAAAUCUGGUGAAGUGGUAGUGAACUCCACCGAGGGAAAACAAUCCCCAGGGAGAAGUGGCUCAAGAGAGGGCUUUCAAAAUCUUGUAAACUGGGAGGAGAAACAUAUCCAGCAAGGUGAACAGUCAAUGGCUGUGGGAGGAGGCAGAAGACUUGAUAAUUCAAGAAAUGUACCCCAAAAUAAACAAUUUGUUAAUACACAAGGAAAAGUUGUGCAUAUGAGACCUGACUCUAUGACUGCCUCUCAGCAAAAUGUGCCUACUUCAGUGGAUGGGAAGUCCAUCAGCCAACCAGAACCAGCGAGUUCAGGGUUCUUUAGCCCUUUCAAGAAAUCGUUCAGUUCAUUGAUUGCACCAGUUAACCCUGUUCCCCCGCAGGGCCCUCCACCUGUUGCAGUGUAUCCUGUAUUUGGGUCGGCACCAGAUAUUACAUCAGAGAAGCCUGUGGAGGAGCCAUCUUUAGGCAGUAAGCUAAAACUCCAGUUUCUCUCCUCUGACAAUGUAUCUUCCCAACAGCCUCCAAAAGCAGCAGGAGGAGGAAUGUUCUCUGGGUUCAUGAAAUUUGCUUCUGGUGAGGAUGUCAGUGCUUCCAAACCCCUAGAAAUUCCCAGUCAAGAACAGGCCCAGCAUCACCAAUUGCCCCCAGUUCCACAUCAGCAACAUCAAAGGCCUCCACCAAUGUCUCUUGGGAUGCAGCAAGCUCCUCCUGAACCUCAAGGUUUUUUGACAGGUCUUUUUAAAGGGGCCGCCACUGACGAUACAUCUAAGGUUGGCUCCAAUCAGCCCCAGCAAGGAGGGCUGUUGUCAGGACUUCUUAGAUUUGGCUCUGGAAGUGACUUAUCUGGGAACCCACCACCACAGCAAGUCCCCUCAAACAGUCAACCUCCUAGUGCCAGUAAUCGUCAACAGUUCCCUCCUCAACCUCCCCCACAACAAAUUGCACCUCCUCCUUCUCAGCCUGGGGGUAUUCUCUCAGGGUUACUGAGGUAUUCCUCUGCAGAAAACCUUUCACCUAAUGUACAAUCUCCCCAGGGCCAACAGCAAGGGGUGUUCCCUAGAAAUCACCCCAGUCAGAAACAAGCACCAAGCCCAUCCCAACAACCACCCUCUCAACAAGCACCCCCACAACAAGGAGGACUUUUCUCUGGGUUGUUUAAAUUGGGUUCCUCUGAUAAUGUUUUGAGCACCCAAACAACUCCCCUCCAGCAGCAACAACUGCCGUCUGGUGGUCCUCGUAAUCAGCAGAACUUCAACCACCAGAAUAUGCAAGGGCCAAACCGUGGUCCACUGAGGGACCAGGCUUUUCUAGACAAUAAACCAGGCUUCUCAAGACAACAUACAGUUCCGAAACCUGCUCAACAAGGUGGUCUCCUUUCUGGACUUUUUAAGUUUGCUUCUGCAGACAAUGUAUCUACCAAUCAGUCCCCAAUACCUCAGACACAUUCUGCAGCUCCUCUCAAUCAGCCUAGCCAGCAGUACCCAAACAGGCAGAAUGUGCCGUUGCAAAACCAAAAUCAGCCUAGUCAACAAGUACAAGACCAAAAUCAACCAACACAGCAGCCUAGUCAACAGGUACAAAGCCAAAAUCAACUAACUCAUCAGCCCAGUCUGCUGUCUGGGCUAUUCAAAAAAUCUUCCACAGAAAAUGUGCCUCAGCAGUCGCCACCAAUCAGCCAAGAAAGACAGCAACAUGUAAUUUCGCCACCAAAUGUAAUCUCGCCAAAUACCAGACAAAAUCUAACUCCUUCACGGCCAGAGACUGCAAGCCAGCCUGGAGUUCUCUCUGGAUUGUUUAACAAGUUAACAAAACCCUCUGGAAAUGUUGAGGCCUGCAAUCCGUCACCAGCCAUGCAAAUACAACAUCAUACAGUAACUCCAGCUGGACAGCCUACACAGCAAACUCAUCCAUCUACACACAUACCACAUCAGGUCCCACAUGAACCCAAUGAGGAGGCUGACAAAAAGCCAGGCUUUCUAUCAGGACUAUUCAAUAGGAAUCCAACAGAUGAAGCCUCCACUCAUAAAUCAGCAGAAAUUGUCAAGCACAAUCUAGAGCCAAAGACACUAUCUGAAAGCUCCCCAGGUUUUCUCUCAAGCAUGUUCAGAACUGGGCCAAGCAACACUGUAGCGAACCAUACUUCUGAGUCUGAAAUGGAGAGGAGAGAAAGUGGUCUCCUUGGUCGCUCCUUUCCAAGACAAAACAGAAAUGUUGCAGAAAUUGCACCUGGCUCAUGGGAAGCUGAGACUUUAGAUUUAAGGACAUCAGCUACUUAUGCUAGGUCUUUUCAGAGCCGACCAUCCUACACAUCAUGCAGCACUGGCCAUUUACCUCAGUUAAUGCACUACCAUGGUUCUCUUCAGUCAAACCACCCAGUAGCCACCUCUUACAGUGCAGAAAAUAUGUUAUCCCUUUUACAAGGGCAUCCAAAUACUGCAGUGAUGUCAUCCCAACAAUAUCUUAAUCAAAGUAACCAUUCUUUAUAUUCAAUAACCGGACAGGAUGGUUACCAAGAUCUGUUGGAAUCAUAUGGAGUCAAUUCUAGUUAUGGUGAAAACCAAUGGAUCCAAGAAUCAAUUCUGUGGCAGCAGCUUCAAAAUCAGUCACAGACUUAUCACACAAGUGAUGUGAGUUAUGUACAGCCUCCAGAAGGAGCAGUGUUCCAAGACUCCACUCUCUACUGUAGCUCCACAAAUAUAGAUAAUCAAUAUAGUUCCCCUCAACCAUGGCAUGAAAUUGACUAUAACAAAGAACCGAUUAAGCACCACCAACAAGAGGUGCCCAAAAAUGUUGACAGCAAUCCAUAUGCCAAGAAAAAAUUAUGGAACAGCUAUGAUGACUUGGGAAAUCUGCAUACUAAUCAAAUGAUGGAACAGAAGGAGUACUGGACUGAAGAAGAGGGUGCAUUGAACUUGAGCACCAAAAUGAGUAAUGCUAAGUUUGGUAAGUGGAACUCCUUUGAUAAUGGUAGCUGUUACAGUCUGAAUGGCAUUUCAUAUCAUGAGGGCUAUUAUGAGGAAAAUCCACCUAAUCUAUCUUAUUCAGCUAAUUGGCAAUAUAGUGACCAAGGCAUGGUUAAUCAAAGUCAAUUGAGUUUGACUAGGUCAUUUGAUUGCAGUUACCCUAAACCUCACAAUGGAGAGAUGGAAGAGUGUAUGUACUUGGAAGAGACAGAAUGGUACCAGCAAUGGCUUGUACUUUUGGAGCAAGGUAUGUGGUGGCCAGCUGAUGAUGGGGAUUGUGGGUACUUUGUUUACACUGAUCAUGAAUACAUAUAUGCCUUGCUAACAGAUGCAGGAGGUACGAUGGUCUAUGCUUGUGCACCUGAGGGAGAGUCCUUGGGAACUGGGCCUGAUAACUUCCCAAGUGCUUGGCUACAAAAUGAAAUGGUCACAGUAUGUGGAUUUAAAGUCCCUCUCUAUAAUGAAGAUGAGCUCCUCUGGCUCCCUGGACAAGAUCAGGGUGAUCCCAAACUCCUCAAUGCCCCCCUGGACCUAUCUGCUGCCUAUAGAAAAGGAAAUCAGAUCAUGAAUUUGAACCUGGAGCGCUUCUCUCAGAUGUUUGAGAGCUCCUUCCUUGCACAAAAAGAACAGGCUGUAGAUUUCUCACUAUAUAGACUGAACAAAGUCAGAAUGGAUCCAAGACAACCCAACCAUGCCUAUCAUAAUCCAUAUAUGGAAGUCAUAGACCUUUCGUGUUCUAACAGGGAUCAGAAAGGCCCUUAUUGGAACAAUCAGCAAAUGAAGGAACUUCUCUCUCAAAAGGUUGCUGUCUCACAUAAUGCUACCCCCACCAUAGAUUCCUCUCAACAACGCUUGAACAACUGUUACCAGCCUCGUCAAAGAAGGCGUUCAUCUUUUGGGGUCAGAGUCAGGCAUGUAGAUGACACACCAGAGGAGGAAUGGAGACAGAGAGUGACUCCAGGAGAGGAAAUACCUAAUCGCCAAGUCAAGAAGUUCUCUUCAUUCAUUUCCUCAAUGGUUGGCAAAACCGCUGAGUCAGAUUUGAACAAAGGAAGAGCUGGCUUGGCUUCUCGCGUUAAUGGAGAACAACAUAAACCACCUGGGACUGAGGCUACCCCAGUGGACCAACAGGCCAAGAGCAUACUUUCAUCAGGUUUCCAGAGUCUCAAAUCAAAGAUUAUCAAAGAAGAUCCCCCUGCUACAACAACUCCGGCUCAGAGUGCAGUUCAACAGACAGAGAGACCAGCCGCAUCCACCUCUUCGAGAAUUCUACCCACACCUCCCGCAUCUGGACAAUAUGGGCAACCUCCAGCACAACCACAGACUGUUACUCAGAAACCUAGACUUGCACGACAAGCCACCAUGUCUCAGCAAGCUGCUCCACCAACACAGCCCACAGUGCCAACCAGUUCCAUGGACCCACUCAAUAAAUCUGUCUCUCCCCUACAACCACAAUCACAGUACACCACAGAUAGAUCAUCUGUAAAACCAGUGGAAAAACCAGCUGAACAACCACAGGGAGGAUUUAUGAGCUUUUUCAAGUCUGCCCUACUGAUCGAGGAGCCAAUGCGAGAGCCCCCUAAACCCCCAGAACCAUUGUCAAAACCACAAGAUAGAACUGGUUCUACUGCUAGCUUACCUGGCAGCACGUCCCCGAAUAAACAGGAGGACACAGGCGCUUCUAAUCUUUUUGGGUCAAUAGGCAGCUUCUUUAGUGCAGAGUCUCCUCCAUCACAGCAACCAAAACCUGUUGUUAAAAAUGAGCCAAACAGAGUUGUUACACAAGGUUCUCAAUCAAGACCAUCUCUACAGAAACAACAAACAAUGGACGGAGUGCAACGUGGGGUACCACAUCCAGCUCCUGGUCAGCCACCAGGUAAAAGCAUGUCACAAGUAUUUCCUCCCAAUACAAGCACUGGCCCCACCCCAGGCCGAUCACAGACUAUGACACCAACCGGACAAACCAAACAGGAGCCACCCCCCAAACCAUCAGGUGGACUGUUCGGCUUUAUGGGAGAAAUUGGAGACAUGAUCUCUGGUACACCAACAACUACAACUGCUACUAAAGAGGAAUCUCCUGGUAUGGGGUUAUUGUCCAUGUUUGGGGGGUCUAGUCCUCAGCAGGCACCAACCCAAACUGAGUCAUCUCAAGCACCUCCUCCAGAACCACAUGUUAAAAGUUUAUUCUCAAUGUUCGGUGGACCAAGUCCACCACGGGGACCAUCACAGGCGGCAACACCACAGGCACCUCAAUCUGAACCCAGUCCACCACAAGCUCAACCACAAGCUCAACCUCAACCAGAGACUAGCUCUAUUCUUGGGGGACUCUUUUCUGGUUCAUCUGCCAGUGAAAGCCCACCAAAAGGAUUAUUUUCAAUGUUUAGUGGCCCCAGUGCCCCACAACCUCCAGGACAAGCUGGGUCAGCUCCAGAGUCCUCUGUCCCAGAAUCUACAGUGCAUAAAGAACCACCUACCAAAAAUGUGUGUUCCAUGUUCAGUGGCCCUCUGUCACCCCCACAAGCAAGCCCUGUUGAUUCGGUAGCCACAGUACCUACUCCUGAGUGUGCCAAUGCCCAGAAGGAAUCCAUCUCAGGUAUUCCACCUCAGGAAUCUGCCCCACCUAAAGAGCCACCAGCUACAGCUGCCCCUCAAACUGCGGGUUCUAUGUUGGGAGGGUUGUUUGGAGGAUCUAGUCCGCAGCCAGCUACAACUGCCCCUCAAACUGCAGGUUCUAUGUUGGGAGGGUUGUUUGGAGGAUCUAGUCCACAGCCAGCUACAGCUGCCCCUCAAACUGCGGGUUCUAUGUUGGGAGGUCUGUUUGGCGGAUUUAGUCCACAGCCAGCUACAGCUGCCCCUCAAACUGCGGGUUCUAUGUUGGGAGGGUUGUUUGGAGGAUCUAGUCCGCAGCUAGCUACAGCUGCCCCUCAAACUGUGGGUUCUAAGUUGGGAGGGUUGUUUGGAGGGCCUAGGCCCCAGCCAGCUACAACUGCCCCUCAAACUGCGGGCUCUGUGUUUGGGGGAUUGUUUGGAGGACCCAGUCCACCCCCAGCACCUAUUCAAACAGCAAAAACCCCUGAGAACAAAAUAUCAACAGCUGCACCUCGCACAACUCAAGCAGAUGGCACUAUAAAAAUAAAAGAGCAGGGAAAUGCACCUGAAGAUGGUCCUGCAGUUGAGGCUGUUGAUUCUGCAAGCACAUUACCUACCCCUGAGUGUGCAAGUGCCCAAAAAGAAUCCAUCCCAGAGGGUGCACUUCAGGAACCUGCCCAACCUAAAGAGUCCGAAGCCCCUAAAGAGCCACCAGCUUCAGACACUCCUCAAACUACAGGCUCUAUGUUGGGAGGGUUGUUUGGAGGGUCUAGUCCCCAGCCAGCUACAGCUGCCCCUCAAACUGCAGGUUCUAUGUUGGGAGGUCUGUUUGGAGGGUCUAGUCCCCAGCCAGCUACAGCUGCCCCUCAAACUGCAGGCUCUAUGUUGGGAGGUCUGUUUGGAGGGUCUAGUCCCCAACCAGCUACAGCUGCCCCUCAAACUGCAGGUUCUAUGUUGGGAGGUCUGUUUGGAGGGUCUAGUCCCCAGCCAGCUACAGCUGCCCCUCAAACUGCAGGUUCUAUGUUGGGAGGUCUGUUUGGAGGGUCUAGUCCCCAGCCAGCUACAGCUGCCCCUCAAACUGCAGGUUCUAUGUUGGGAGGUCUGUUUGGAGGGUCUAGUCCCCAGCCAGCUACAGCUGCCCCUCAAACUGCAGGUUCUAUGUUGGGAGGGUUGUUUGGAGGGUCUAGUCCCCAGCCAGCUACAGAUACUCCUCAAACAGAACCCACAAAACCCCCAGAGAACAAAAUAUCAACAGCUGUGUGUGAUACCACUCCAGAUACCACUGCCAAAAUAAAAGAGCCGGGAGACACCCCUAAAGAUGGUACUGCGGUUGAGGCUGUUGAUUCUGAAACCACAGCGUCUACCCCGGAGUGUGCCACUGCCCAAAAGGAAUCCAUCCCAAAGGGUGCACCUCAGGAACCUGCCCUACCUAAAGAGCCAGAAACCCCUAAAGAGCCACCAGCUACAGGACUUCUCUCCCUGUUUGGAGGUUCUAGUCCCCAGCCAGCUACAGCUGCCCCUCAAACUGCUGGUUCUAUGUUGGGAGGUCUGUUUGGAGGUUCUAGUCCCCAGCCAGCUACAGCUGCCCCUCAAACUGCUGGUUCUAUGUUGGGAGGUCUGUUUGGAGGUUCUAGUCCCCAGCCUGCUACAGCUGCCCCUCAAACUUCUGGUUCUGUGUUGGGAGGUCUGUUUGGAGGUUCUAGUCCCCAGCCUGCUACAGCUGCCCCUCAAACUUCUGGUUCUAUGUUGGGAGGUCUGUUUGGGGGUUCUAGUCCCCAGCCUGCUACAGCUGCCCCUCAAACUGCAAGUUCUAUGUUGGGAGGUCUGUUUGGAGGGUCUAGUCCCCAGCCAGCUACAGCUGCCCCGCAAACUGCAGGUUCUAUGUUCAGCGGUAUGUUAGGAGGGUUAAGUCCCCAGCCCGCAGCUACUUCUCAAACUGCAGCUUCUAUGUUUGGGGGGUUGUUUGGAGGGUCCACUCCCCAGCCAGCUAAAACUACUCCUCAAACAGCACCAGCAAAUCCCCCUGAGAAUAAAAUAUCAACAGCUGCCCCUGACGCCACCCCAGCUGAUAGCACUGACAAAAUAAAAGAGCCAGGAGACACGGGCACCGUUACUUUACACGAACACUCACAAUUAUCUGAGGCACCAAAACAACCUGACACCAAAACUCAGCCUCAGGAGUUGGUUGGACUCAAACCUGAUGGUAAUGCUGUUGAAGUAGCCCAGGAUCAAGGGAUUGAGAAACUUCCUGCUCCAGCUGUGGACUGUCAAUCAAAAGAAGCGGAAAUCCCUGCAUCAUCAGGGCAACCUGAUAAAACAGAACAGCCCUUGAAAUCAGAACAACCUCCAACGAAUGAUCAGUCCAGUUCUGGAAAAGAAAAGGCUGCAUCUGUGGAAGGAGAAGUAAUACAUGAGAAGCCCAUUGUAAUUGUGGGAGAGCCUGAGAGUAAGGGAAUGGACAAAUCAGGCCCACCAGUGGAAAGUACCCAGAAAAUUCCCCAAGCUGACCAGUUGACUAAGACUGAAGAGCCAGCCCCCAAAUCCCUGUUUGGGGGUUUUAUGACAGGAACCAGUGAUGCAGGAAAGUCUUUUGGAUCCAUGUUUUCAUCUCCCCCCACAAUUCCCAAAGCCAUUCCCACAAUGCCUCAAGCAGAAGCAGGUGGUGGUCUGUUCUCAGGAUUCAAAACGAUGUCUGCAGGCCUGUUUCAGGAGGAGAAGCCAGGCGCAGCAAAGCAAGAACCAUCCACAGCCUCUCUAUUUGGGACAAAAUUAGGUUUCUGGGGGGCUGCUGCCGAACCUCCCAAGCCACAAGCUCCUCCGGUUAUUACCACUCAGCCCAAAGCUAAUGAUAAGCCAACCAAGGAGACAAGUGAUCAAAGUUCGGUAGGUCCCCAUGACUUAGCCAAACCCCAGAUUUGCAUCUCCACACCUGACGUAGAUCCUUCAGCAUCCCUGUCCCAAAUGGAGAAGGAAAGCCUUGUAGAACCACUCCCCUCUGCAGAUUCCACCUCUGAAGUGCUGCUGGACAACCAGUCCAAGAAGGACCUAUUGAGUUCUAAAAGGCCAGUAGAAGCAUAAUAAAUGGUCUUCCCCAACACCAUUUAUGAUGCAUUGAUAUUUUGGGGAGAGUAAUCCGGGUCCAGCUUCGCACUCCACCCCACUGAAUUCUGUGUUCUGUUUUUCCUUUAACCGUGUUUGUUUUUAGCGUUUGUGCUACUGUAGCCUUGUGGUGUUGGUGGUUGAUUGUGAAGUAUAUUAUACCCAUCGUGGUAUAGUGAUAAUAAGCUAAGUAUUUCUUACUCUUGAACUCCUAACGUAAGAUUAAUUCUAUUUGCAGUUAGAAUUCUAUGAAUGCAUUCAAAAGAAAGUCUAACCUUACAGAAUUCCCUGUUGUCAUUGUUUGAUCAAAUUAGAGAUUUCAGUAACUCAUUGUCCCCCAGAUAUAGAAAUACAGAAAACCAAUACAGACAAACAAUGAUUGAGAUAAUUUAGUACAUUCAAAUUCAUUUCAGGCAAUUGGUGUAUGCAUUCUAAUUUGCCAAAAUGUAAUUUUUUUUCUCUCUCUAAGGUUAGAUGUCUUUUAAAAUGGUGUACAAUUCAGUAGAAACAAUGGACUAGUUGUAAUAACGUCUAUAUCCAAUUAAUGAGCCCAAUCAGUUGCAUGAUUCAAAGUGUUUUUUUUUCCUCACAACAGUUAUUAUUCUAAUAUUAAGUCUCUUCCCUUACCUCUU